GGCCGGCGGGCUGACCCCUAUGGAGCGCUGUGCAGGGCCUAGGACGUGGAGUGAGGGCCUGUCCCUGCCACCCAGUUUGGUUUAGAUUGAUCUAGAGCCCAGACUAGUCCGGGCAUGUCCAUCUGGAGACUGCGCAUGACCAAAAUAGUUGAAAACCAGCCCUAUGAUGAGAGUCUAGAGAUUAACGACUCAGAAGAGGUUGCCAGUAUCUACACUCCAACUCCACGGCAGCUAGGUCCUAGAUCCACACGCCCACAGCUCAAAAAUAUGGCUGAUAACAGCAGUGAUGAGUAUGAUGAAGAAAUAAACAAGGAGAAGAAGGUAGCCCAGUUGGCCCCCCAGCAAGGAUUUAGUGAGAAUGAGGAUGGGGAGGAUGAAGAUGAUUCGUCUGAAACUGACUCGGAUGAUGACGAUGAUGAAGAGGAGCAUGGAGCCCCUCUGGAGGGUGCCUACAACCCUGCAGAUUACGAGUAUCUACCAGUGUCUGCAGAUAUUAAAGAGCUCUUCCAGUACAUAAGGAGGUACACUCCACAAAUGAUAGAGCUUGAACACAAACUGCAGCCUUUCAUUCCAGACUUCAUUCCAGCUGUUGGGGACAUUGAUGCCUUCUUAAAGGUUCCACGUCCUGAUGGGAAGCCAGAUAACCUUGGCCUGUUGGUACUGGAUGAGCCAUCCACAAAACAGUCAGAUUCCACAGUGCUCUCUCUCUGGUUAACGGAAAACUCCAAACAGCACAACGUUGCACAGCAAAUAAAAGUGAAGAGCUUGGAGAAUGCAGAGAAGAAUCCCAAAGCCAUUGAUAACUGGAUCGAGAGUAUCAGCGAGUUACAUCGCUUCAAACCUCCUGCUACUGUUCACUACACCAGGCCAAUGCCUGAUAUCGAGACUCUGAUGCAGGAAUGGUCCCCAGAAUUUGAGGAGCUUUUGGGAAAGGUAAGCCUUCCAACGGCGGACAUCAACUGCGGCCUGGCUGAGUAUAUUGACAUGAUAUGUGCUAUUCUGGACAUUCCUGUCUAUAAGAGUCGGGUCCAGUCCCUGCAUGUCCUCUUCUCGCUGUAUUCAGAGUUCAAGAACUCACAGCAUUUCAAAGCCCUGGCUGAAGGGAGAAACGUAGGGAGUCCUCCAUCGAAUCCACCCUCACAAGCAGGAGAGACAGAAGUGUUAAGCUUCAGCUAAGAAAAAGACCCUUUCUUCAUGAGCUGGGGCUGCACCUAGGAGUAGAACCUUCGCCUAAGCCAAACAGCAGGGCAAGGCAAAGCAUUACUGAAACCUCUAUCUUUUCUGUAUGUACUGGCAGAUGGACAGCGUACGACUCAGAUGAAUUAGUAGAGGUUAGAAUUUAGCUCGUGGUGUUUAAUUGUAAAUGCUGCAUGACCCUUUUUCUUUGGCUCAUUCCCAGAGGAUUCAGCAUUAAACAAGUGCUUGCGAGUGGGAGUACCUCAGCAAGGGUAACAAUGUCUUUGGUACCUGAAAUCAGCUUGGGCAGAGCAUCUCCUUAAUGACAUAACCCUCACUCUGCUCAUGCAGCUGUUUGGACUCAUAAGAACGGCCGUACCGGGUCAGACCAAAGGUCCAUCCAGCCCAGUAUCCUGUCUACCGACAGUGGCCAGUGCCAGGUGCCCCAGAGGGAGUGAACCUAACAGGCAAUGAUCAAGUGAUCUCUCUCCUGCCAGCCAUCUCCACCCUCUGACAAACAGAGGCUAGGGAUACCAUUCCUUACCCGUCCUGGCUAAUAGCCAUUAAUAGACUUAACCUUCAUGAAUUUAUCCAGUUCUCUCUUAAACGCUGUUAUAGUCCUAGCCUUCACAACUUCCUCAGGCAAGGAGUUCCACAAGUUGACUGUGCGCUGCAUGAAGAAGAACUUCCUUUUAUUUGUUUUAAACCUGCUGCUAUUAAUUUCAUUUGGUGACCCCUAGUUCUUGUAUUAUGGGAAUAAGUAAAUAACUUUUCCUUAUCCACUUUCUCCACAUCACUCAUAAUUUUAUAUACCUCUAUCAUAUCCCCCCCCUUAGUCUCCUCUUUUCCAAGCUGAAAAGUCCUAGCCUCUUUAAUCUCUCCUCCUAUGGGACCCGUUCCAAACCCCUAAUCUUUUUAGUUGCCCUCUGAACCUUUUCUAGUGCCAGUAUAUCUUUUUUGAGAUGAGGAGACCGCAUCUGUACGCAGUAUUCAAGAUGUGGGUGUACCAUCGAUUUAUAGAAGGGCAAUAAUAUAUUCUCCUUCUUAUUCUCUAUCCCCUUUUUAAUGAUUCCCAACAUCCUGUUUGCUUUUUUGACCGCCUCUGCACAGUGCGCAGACAUCUUCAGAGAACUAUCCACAAUGACUCCAAGAUCUUUUUCUUGAUUCGUUGUAACUAAAUCAGCCCCCAUCAUAUUGUAUGUAUAGUUGGGGUUAUUUUUUCCAAUGUGCAUUACUUUACAUUUAUCCACAUUAAAUUUCGUUUGCCAUUUUGUUGCCCAAUCACUUAGUUUUGUGAGAUCUUUUUGAAGUUCUUCACAGUCUGCUUUGGUCUUAACUAUCUUGAGCAGUUUAGUAUCGUCUGCAAACUUUGCCACCUCACUGAUUACCCCUUUCUCCAGAUCAUUUAUGAGUAAGUUGAAUAGGAUCGGUCCUAGGACUGACCCUUGGGGAACACCACUAGUUACCCCUCUCCAUUCUGAGAAUUUACCAUUAAUUCCUACCCUUUGUUCCCGAUCUUUUAACCAGUUCUCAAUCCACGAAAGGACCUUCCAUUUUAUCCUAUGACAACUCAAUUUACGUAAGAGCCUUUUGUGAGGGACCUUGUCAAAGGCUUUCUGGCAAUCUAAGUACACUAUGUCCACUGGAUCCCCCUUGUCCACAUCUUUGUUGACCCCUUCAAAGAACUAAUAGAUUAGUAAGACACAAUUUCCCUUUACAGAAACCAUGUUGACUUUUGCCCAACAAAUUUAUGUUCUUCUAUGUGUUUGACAAUUUUAUUCUUUACUAUUGUUUUGACUAAUUUGCCCCGUACCAACAUUAGACUUACUGGUCUGUAAUUGCUGGGAUCACCUCUAGAGCCCUUUUUAAAUAUUGGCAUUACAUUAGGUAUCUUCCAGUUGUUGGGUACAGAAGCCGAUUUAAAGGAUAGGUAACAAACCCUAGUUAAUAGUUCUGCAACUGCACAUUUGAGUUCUUUCAGAACUCUUGGGUGAAUGCCAUCUGGUCCCGGUGACUUGUUAAUGUUAAAUUCAAUUAAUUCCAAAACCUUCUCUAGUGACACUUCAAUCUGUCACGGUUCCUCAGAUUUGUCACCUACAAAAGCCGGCUCUGGUUUGGGAAUCUCCCUAACAUCCUCAGCCGUGAAGACUGAAGCAAAGAAUCCAUUUAGUUUCUUUGCAAUGAUGUUAUCGUCUUUAAGCGCUCCUUUUGUAUCUUAAUCAUUGAGGGGCCCCACUGGUUGUUUAGCAGGCUUCCUGCUUCUGAUGUACUUAAAAAACAUUUUAUUACCACCUUUGGAGUUUUUGGCUAGCCGUUCUUCAAACUCCUCUUUGGCUUUUCGUAUUACAUUUUUUACACUUAAUUUGACAGUGUCUAUGCUCAUUUCUAUUUACCUCACUAGGAUUUGACUUCCCCUUUUUAAAGGAAGUCUUUUUUAUCUCUGUGCUGCUUUUACAUGGUUGUUAAGCUACGGUGGCUCUUUUUUAGUUCUUUUAUCGUGUUUCUUAAUUUGGGGUAUACAUUGAAGUUGGGCAUCUAUUAUGGUGUCUUUAAAAAGCACCCACGCAGCUUGCAGGGAUUUCACUUUAGUCACUGUACCUUUUAAUUUCUGUUUGUUUAACUAACCCCCUCAUUUUUGCAUAGUUCCCCUUUUUGAAAUUAAAUGUCACAGUGUUGG